UUGAAGUGACACUUUCUGGUUGUUCUCGAUCACGUGACAAACGUGUUCUCCAAUCGGCUUUUGAGGAACCGCCUGCUCAUUAUUUCAAACAUUUUGCAAUGUGUCUCGCGGAGACAGUUGCACGGAAAAAAGUUGUAAAGUGGCAAAAAACGACAGAUUAAAAAAAGAUAAGCGUUUGUUUAUAUAAUUAUAUAAGAAUGAGUUUUCUGGAAUCUCGCAUAGUCACUCCGGGUCCAUACAGGGCUACUAAAUUGUGGAAUGAAGUUACAAAGCUGUUCAGGGCUGGGAUGCCUCUAAAAAAACACAGACAGCACUUCCGAGUUUAUGUCUGCUGUUUUACUGCAGCGUCAGCUGUGGACUGGUUACAUGAACUGCUAAAAAGCAACAGUAAUUUUGGUCCAGAAGUUACCAGACAACAAACAGUGCAGCUGCUGAGAAAGUUCCUGAAGAACCAUGUGAUUGAAGAUGUGAAGGGGAGAUGGGGCUCAGAAACCCUGGAGGAUAAUAGCCAGCUCUAUAGGUUUCCUCCAACAUCACCCUUGAAGGCAAUUCCAAAUCGCCCCCUGCUUGCAAGAAAAAAAAGUGUAAAUGGUUUAAUAAAGGAUAAAGAUGGCUUUUUUAAAUUCCCUCACCUGAAGAGAAGAAGCUCAAAGAAGUACGAGGACCAGGAACUCCGGGAAAAUACAGAGCCAGUAAGUAAAGCAGAGCCAAUGGAAGUCGCUGAAAAGGUGCCACAAGUGCACAGAAGAGAAAUUACACAGGAGGAUAUAGAUGAUGUUUGGAGAAAUAUUACUCUAACACAUUUGCAGAAAACUUUGGGUCUGACCUCACUGGAAGAGGUCCUAGACCCAGCACAAGUUAACCCUCAUCACAUUGUGUACAACAUGACUAACAUCAACAAGCAUGGUGUUGUCACGUUACAGGACAAAUCGGGGGACCUCCCUCACUGGGUAUUAUCUGCUAUGAAGUGUUUGGCAAACUGGCCAAAGUACGAUACAAGCCAGCCAUCUUAUCCUGGCUUUGAAAGGGAUGUUUUCAAAACAGUUUCAGAUUAUUUUCUGAAUCUUCCUCAACCGCUGCUUGCAUUUGAAUUCUAUGAACUUUUUGUGAAUAUCUUGGUUUUGUGCGGUUACAUCAUGGCCCCAAAAACAAGACAAGGAAAACGUAAAAACAAAGAUGAACCUUGCAGUCCUCGGCCAUCAAAAACGCAGAACUUAAGCAAUGUUAUCACCUUCAAAUCAACUGAAUGUUUAUUACUGAGUUUAGUCUGUAAAGGUGCUUUAGAGGAUAAUCAAUCCCCACAGCACGAUGAAGUGUUUUCUGAUGAGACUGGAACAAGGGAACAGAUGCUGCAGAAAGGCUGUGCAAGGAGAAUACAGCAGAACAAUCCAGCUAGCAGAAGAGCCAGUGACGCAAUGGGAGGUAGCUGUCAAAAUCUCUCCUCCUUUCCCAUGCCAGCUAGAUUUAGGAAAAGGUGCUAUUCUCUGGAAGGCAUCAUGGAUGUUUCAGUUGAAGGUCCUUCCAGAGACAAUUCACAGUGUCUCCUAUUCCAGUCUGAAGACAAUUUGGCCAGCACGAAAUCUAACUCUUAUUCUAUGAUUGACAGUUCUUCUGAUGCUGUCUCCACUUUGUCCUCUGUUUCUUCAUGUACUAGUGACGGAUGCCAAAAAGAUGAUUUACCAUACAGAGGGCAAUCAGCCACUCCUUGCAUGCUGUCUCGGGGAUUUCAAGCUGUAACACGACCACUAAUAAGCAGAUCAGCCAGCAUUGGCAAUUCUCUCGAUAUUGGCCAACUUCAUGAGAGAACCGGUAGUUGCUUUAGCAUAAAUGUUCCUGUAGCAGAAAUAACCAUGAAACCAGAUUUUUCUUCCAACAUUGAACUGAGGAGACCCAGUUUAGCUGCCUCCAGGAAAGAUGGCUGUAUGAGCUCUAAAUAUGCAGCUAUGAACAGACGAUGUCUAAGCACCUUGGAACUUUCUAGAAACUCUUCUACCACUGCAUCGUCCUUGUCCACUUUUGCACGAAGUGUCAAUGCUGAUGAAAGUCUUUUGCAGCCUCAUUUGGAAAGGGUUGCAAUUGAAGCACUGCAACUAUGCACCCUUUUACUACCUCCAGCCAACCGGCGUAAACUCCAGCUGCUGAUGCGGAUGAUAUCUCGAAUGAGUCAGAAUGUAGAUAUGCCACGGCUUCAUGAUGCUAUUGGAACACGAACUUUGAUGGUGCAGACAUUCUCCCGUUGUGUAUUAUGCUGUGAAGAGGAAGUUGAUCUUGAUGAGCUCUUGGCAACAAGGUUGGUUUCCUUCUUAAUGGACCACCACCAGGAGAUUCUUCAAGUACCUGUUUACCUGCAGAAUGCGGUUCAGGACCAUAUCAACUACCUCAAGAAAGUUCAGAUUACAUAUCCAGAGACAGGUGUGAGUGCCACCUUGCCAAUGUACUCCUUCUGCAGACAGAUAAGCACUCAGGAAUUUGAGCAACAGAAGUUAUCUGCCUCCCAAGCUGCCAUAGCUGAUCUGCUGGAAAGCCUCCUCAAAGAUAAAAAUCUCUCUAUUAAGGACAAAAAGAAGAAGCUUAAGCAGUUUCAGAAAGAAUAUCCGGAAAUCUACCACAAUCGUUUCCCGACCACAGAAAGAGAAGCCCAACUUUUUGUUGACAAACCAAAAAUCAAGCCUCCAAUGCUGAUAGCUAUGAAGAAGCCCAAAAUACUUGGCAUGCGAAACUGAAGGUGGACUGUUUAAAAGAAAAAUCUACUCCUGAGGAAUAGACCCCUUUACAGCUGAAUAAAAUUGAUAUUGUGAUGAACUGUACUGUACAAUGGAAAUCCUAGAACAGGUGCAGAUUACUUGAGGAUCAAGACUAGAGGCAGUGCUUUCCAUAUUUAAUCUAAAUUAUAAUAUUUUAGAAGUGUUUUGUUGAGUUUUUUUAUUUUAUUUAUUUAAUGUAUUUGUCUUUUAAAGCAAAGGCGUGCUUGCUUUGUAGAUCUUGUCUAGUAGAAAAUAUGAUGGACUAUAUUGACCAUUGCAGUUAGUCUGAAGGGAGUAAAGCCCCCUAAGCGCAUUAACCAACCAACCAACCAACAAAUUAAUAGCCGAAAGUUAAAUGAUUUCUCUUUCUUAUGUAUUGAAUUUGCACUUUUUAUCUGUUUUAUACUUGGUUAAAUUUAAAAUGUUCUGAUGUGUUUUUUUUUUUUUUUUUUUUCCCCCCACCAUUACUUAAUGCCUGGGGUGUCUAUUUCUAAACUUUAUGAUGUGUAUUCACAUGGAAGCAAUCAUUUUAUAAAUGGUAGUGGACUCCUCAGGUAACCCUCAUUUCUAUUCAGCCCCUCAUUUUGUUAUCCAAACCCUCUGAACCCUCUGAACCUGUUAUAAUGCGGUUGUCAGGGUCCGUAAUUAGGAGACAGUGUUAUUUGUGUUUCACCUUAUAACGAAUAUUGACAUUUUUGCUCCUGAAAUGAUUUACAAUGGCCAAAUCAAUAUUUUGUUGUACCGUGGAAAAUGAAGGAAGGAGAUGCACACAAUUUGCACGGUUUAUUGGGACGAUUAUUCACAGCCUGUUAGCCUGGGCCACACCAAAAACAACAAACAGUCUUUCACUCGCACAGUAGCACAUUCACACAGCAGCUUGUCUCACUUUUAAUGCAGCGCAUUUUUUUCUUCGAGCAGCACUCUUGGAGUCAAUCUUACCAAGAAAACCUUUUAGCCAUCCACGCAAUGUAGAUUCUGCAAUAUUUAUGUCUUUUGAAACUGCUGCUUUAAGUUUCACCUUUUCUUACUCUGUCCACUGCAUCGAGUUUCAUUUUAACAGAGAAAGAUUUUCGUUUUUUGCUGUCUGCUGUGCUUCAUACUGUAUAUCUAGAACGUUCACCCAACGUUUGCGAGUCAAAUUGCAGUAUGGGGGAAAUGGGAGCCACAACCUUACUGCGUUAUAACCGAUUCUAUUGCCUGUAUUUGUACAUAAAAUGUUAAAUCAUUAAUUUAAAGUAUCGCAGACAUACUUGUUUACAGUUUUCUUUACCCUGCUUGUCACUGUUUGUCUUUACAGCCACAACUGUACAAAAAAAGGAUCUGAACAAUUGGAUAAAAAUGAAAUAUAUAUUUUGAUAAA